AGGGACUUGAGUCUUGUACCGCUGAAAUUCAGGCCUCCGAUGCAUUUUUGCUAGAUGGAAAGCGUGUAAUUCUCUUCGAUACACCCGGCUUUGACGAUAGCAACCUGGACGAUGUCGAGGUCUUACGGAAAGUCACAAGUAUCAAAAAGGCCGGAAGUUAUCCGAAUUUCCACAUGUUUAGCGAGCUGUGUGGGAGCGAGGUGAUGAACAAUGUCGUGAUAGUAACCAAUAUGUGGGAAACUGUCAGUCAAGAAAUAGGAGAGCGUCGUGAGCGUCAGUUGUCUAUAACCGCUGAUCAUUUUGGCUCUGCAGUUAAGGCAGGAGCAAAGAUGGUCAGGCAUUACGACAACUACGAGUCUACGAAGAACAUUCUACGACUUGUUCUUCCUAAUGUUCCCGAGGCGCUUCGCAUCCAAAAGGAAAUCGCAGAUAAGAAUCUAGAAUUACACCAGACCAGUGCGGGGAAGGUUCUCUACAAGGAGCAAGAGCAGUUAAUCAGAAGCCACCAGGAAGAGAUCAAACAGUUGAAGCAGCAAAUGAUCAGGGAAAUCGAGGCUCAAAGGAAAAAGUCAGAUGCUCGGAUCCAAGAACUUCAGGAUGAUUUGAAGAAGGCACAAACCAGCUUCAAUGACUUGAAUCGUAGCUGGAAAGAAGAGAGGCCCAAACUCGAAGGGAGGAUCAGAGAAUUGGAGCAAAAUUCGGGCUCAG